AUGGAGUUCAGAUGUCUCGAGAAUUCACCAAUUCUGUACCACCUGAUAAUGGAAGAUGUGCCACCAACAUACCGCUCCCACAGCAGGACUUCCAGUCGUUGUAACGCUGCGUCAACAAUCAAGCUGGAUAACAGCGACCCCAUCGGUAUACCUUCGGCUUGUUCGUACACAGCUCCAGUAAAGGUAAGGGUCUUCAAACAUGUAUAUCUAUGCAGAAUAGCAUUACCAACAAAGACAAUGGAGACUGGAAUGGCCAUUUCUGGCUUAUUAACCGUCAUCGGCCAGCUAUACCCAACCCAGAAAUGUAAAACGGCUGAGGCUCGGUCGCGCGACCUGUUAUCCUUUGUACAUUCCCGAUCGCAACCGACAGGACAACGAGCUCGUGGCUCAGUGGUUAGAGGCGAUGGAAUUCCUACCAGCAGGUCGCGGGACCGACCCCCCCCCUCUGUUCCAAACUUCGGGGUUGGGUGUGACUGGCUGACUACAUCUUAUAAGUCAGAAAUGACAAUUCUAGUCUCCCUUGUCUUUGUCCGUAAUUCCAUUCUUCCCAUAUAUAUAUAUAUAUAUAUAUAUAUAUAUAUAUCCCCCUCAUUAUUUAAAAAAAGACGAAUUAAGGGAGGCGAUUUCAUGAACCAUUGUAUUGGCGCUGAUGUUUCGGAAACAUCUUCGUUUCCAUCAUCAGAGUGGUGGUAUGUCUGGUCCUGCUAGCAUAGAGUUGUUCUGUCUCGCCGCUUGUCUUUUGUUAUAGACAUACCUGACGCACGAACUCUGA